GACAACCUGAAAUGUAAAUGUGAACCUAGCCGCUACGGAACAUGCGCUAAGGAAACAACUGAAUGUUCCUCAGAGGACGAUAGUUGUUCAGUAAGAACACAAGUCUAUUAUUUAGGUGGUGCAAAGUCUGAGCACAACUCCAAAGGUUGCAUUACGUCUGAUCUGUGUCUUAAUUACUCUAUCAGCUAUGGAGCUUACAGAAUUGUACAAAACACCAAGUGCUGCAGUGAAGAUCUCUGCAACGCCCAGAUUAACUACACAAAACCUGUCUCCACUCCAAAUAGAAAAAAGUGCUUCAACUGUGAUGAAGAAAACUGCAUGAAAACCGUUAAAUGUGCAGGGGAUGAAAACUACUGCAUUAAUGUAACAGGAUAUACACAAGGAGAACGUUUCAUGAUGAAGGGAUGUGCCUCUGAGUUGGUGUGCUCAGAUCAUUUUUCUUCAGUGAUGAGUCAGUUUACUACACGGCCCCCUGGAGCAAAGGUUAGCUGCUGCCGGGGCAACUACUGCAACAGCGCUAGCAGCACCAUCAGCCCAGGAAGCAAAAGCAGCGCCAGCAGCACCAGUCCCACCCUGCUGCUCCUGUUGGUGCCUCUGUUGUUUUCUAUCUUAUUUUCUUAGCUCACAGAAGCUACUGAAUUGCUGCCAUGUUUUCUUUUUAAUCACAAUUCAUUUUAUAAACCUGUUCUUUUUAUUUGAUUCUAUAGCUUGGUUAGCUAAGCAGCAUGUUAUAAUCAACAACAUCCUCUAUACUUUGUUGUUCUAUACUAAAAUAAUAUUCCUCAAUAAACACUUUUUUUUAGUUCUGGGUCCAGUACCAAUCUGAUUCUAAAUGUUUAGUUUUGAAAAGAUAAAAUGAUUUGAAGUUACAGAUGUGGAAUAAACAUGUUUCAUUUUCUUUGAUUUAAUAUUAAAACUUGUUUUAAUCAAAGUUAAAAGCUUUCAGAGCCCAAGAUUGUAGAGUUUGAAUGGAAAACUAACCAACAUGAAUGUAAAAUUCAACCUGGAGAGACUCAGAGAGAAAGUAGCUGUCUUACCUUCUUAGCUGAUAGAAAUAAUUGCAUUGCUACCAGGUUUUCUUUUUAUGCAUAAUUCAUUUAAUAAAUCUGUUUUUUCUUUUCAUUGAUUCUCUAUAAAUUCACUAAGAUAAGACCAAGCAAAAUUCUGUAAACAUCCUCAAUACUU